CUAAAUUGUUGAUGGUGAUAAGAGAAACAGUCGUUCGUCACAUAUUAAUUAGAUCAUCCGUUACAACAGUCUAAAAACAUAUGACCAACUUUCUACCUGAACCAGAACGUCUUCUCUGAUACAACAUGGCUGCUCUGAUGACGCAAAUUUGGUGCACCAGAUUUGGAUCAACAUGCUUCCCGUUUCUCUUGCUAGUCAUCCUAUCUACUUUCACUGGAUCCGAGUCGAGUGUGUCGGUAAUUUUCAAUGGAACUGGAAGAGAUCAUCUGUUGUUGCCGACUGAUUUACCCAGGAACACUACACAUAUCUACCUCGACCACAACCACAUCAUUGAAAUCUGUAAGAUGCAGUAUCCAAAACUAAUUUAUCUCAAUCUCUCUCACAACGACAUUGCUACAAUCGAAACACUGUCAUUUGAAUACACCAAAAAACUGAAAACGCUUGAUUUAUCAUAUAACAAAAUCACCGGUACCAGUUUGACCUUGAAAACGUUCGAAAAACUGGAGAGUCUGGAGCGUCUAAUUUUGAAGGGAAACCCUUUAUAUGUUAUUAAAAGCAGUGUAUUUAUAGUGUCGUAUUUCUCGAGGUUGCGUUAUGAAAUCGAUUUUUCCUAUUGUCACAUUAGCGUAGUCGAACCCUCUGCUUUGGCAAACCUUGCCAAGUGCAACGCUUUGAACUUGUCUCAUAAUAAUAUCUCUAAACUUCACGCACUGUCUUUUGCAAAUAUUAUCCACUUAAAAAAGCUUGAUUUAAGCCAUAAUUCUCUGACUGAGAUAUCGCCGUCACUGUUCUCUUUUGCACAUAUUAAUACACUGUUGUUGAACGGAAAUCACGUGACAAAACUACACUGUCCAUCGUUGAAUCGCAUACAUAAUUUAUACCAUUUGAAUUUGGCCGGUAACCACCUCCGAUCGCUUCCUUGUUCCAAUUUCGCCGGUUCAAAUUUGCGUUACCUGGAUCUCUCCAACAGCCAUUUAGAGAAACUGGAUGUUGAUUUCUUAUCGCCGGCUUUAAAAAAGAACCUCAGAACCUUACGACUCAACAACUGUCCAUUGUUACAAUACAUUACUGCAAAGAAGAGUGGUUUUACAGCGUUGCAAAGUCUCUAUUUAAAUAACAACCCAAAAUUACACCAUAUUGAUGCUUUGGCAUUUUCGCUUUCAAAUAAAUCACUAAAAUUAGCGUCUAUUAUUGACAUUGCGGCUAACAGACUGCCCAAGGAUAUGUUAAACUGGAGCCAAGUUUUACGUUUGUCAAUGACAAAUUUAACCUGUGAUUGCACUGCAUCUUGGAUGUUAAGUGCCAAUAUAUUCAACCAGAGAAAUGUUGUAUUACAGUGCGCUGAACCUUUGAGGUUUAAAGGUAGAAGCCUUUUCACGAUACCGCCGGAAAGCCUCGUCUGCCGAACAUCAACUAAGUUUAUCUUAACGCUGACGCUUUCUGCUGUAGCCUUGGUGGUUGUCGUAUUAACUGUUAUCUACUUUCGCAUGAAGAAGAAGAAAAAAUGUGAAUCGUGUGGUAAGCGACAUAACGGUGUUGGAUACGUCAGUGUAUACACACAUGAUGUUGAGGAACCUUCUUCACGUAUCAUUGCCCCCGGUGUAAACAAGGCCUUUAAUGACGCCGUCGAUGUUUAAAAUUCAUCAUUCUUCCUACAUUUUCGUAUUUUUUUCGUUCACAGUUUUUUUCACUCUUCUUUUGUCCAUCGUCAUAUCAUUAUCGCUACCAACAUUGUCGUUCUUGUUGUUGCCACUUUU